GCUCAACCUAAUUGUUCUAACUUGAGGCCUCAAACUCUCCUACUUUGUCUAUUGUAAUGGCAUCUUUUAAAGCUUCCAUGCCUUUGUUAUUUGUUGUGUGUUUGAUGGUUGGGUCUGUGAGCGCACAACUGAGCUCCACAUUCUACGAUACCACAUGUCCCAAUGUAUCAAGCAUUGUGCGUGGUGUUGUGGAGCAAGCACUCCGAAGUGACGACAGGGCUGGUGCCAAACUCAUCCGUCUCCACUUCCACGACUGCUUCGUCGAUGGAUGUGAUGCGUCGGUGCUAUUAGAGGAUCAAGAUGGCAUAGUGAGCGAGCUGGGUGCAAACGGAAACGCUGGCAUCACAGGUUUCAAUAUUGUUAAUGACAUCAAAGCUGCAAUCGAGAAUGUUUGUCCGGGUGUCGUCUCUUGUGCUGAUAUACUAGCCCUUGCUUCUCGACACUCCGUCAACUUGGCAGGAGGCCCGGGUUGGGAGGUUCAAUUAGGAAGAAGAGAUGGAAGAACAGCAAAUUUGGAUGGUGCCAUGGAGCUUCCAAGUCCUUUUGACGAUCUCUCAGUCCUUAGAAGAAAGUUCAGGGACGUUCAACUUGACGAUACUACCGAUCUCGUUGCUCUAUCAGGUGCACACACAUUUGGGCGAUCGAGAUGCCGAUUUUUCGACAGACGGCUAAACACUUCAAACCCGGACCCGACCCUGAACUCAACAUACGCGGACGAGCUGCGUCAAAACUGUCAACCAGGGCGAGACACAUUCGUGAAUCUGGACCCAACCACACCGGACACCUUCGACAGCAACUACUUCACAAAUCUUCAGAGCAAUCGCGGGCUUCUGGAAAGUGAUCAAGUUCUGUUCUCCACCAGCGGAGCUCCAACUAUCAGUAUUGUCAACAGCUUCGCCAGCAGCCAGAGCCAAUUCUUCACCGCCUUCGCUCAGUCAAUGAUUAACAUGGGAAAUCUCGGGCCUUUGACUGGGAGCACAGGAGAAAUCAGGACCAAUUGCAGAAGACUCAACUAAAGCGCGUGAUUCUUAGUAUACAUAAAACAUAUUUAUUCAUACAAAGUAAUGCAUGCAAGUGUAUCAAAAUAGAUAUUUAUAUUGUUGUGUGUGGAGGGUCGGUUUUAUGGUCAAAGUAACAAUACUAAAUAAUGUAAAGCGCGUGCAGGAGACUCGCACAAGCUUCAAUGGUGUCGUUGUUUAGUUUGGAGAAGACAAAGUGAUUUUGUGUUUCUAUUUUUGUUUGUGAUGUUACAACAAAUGCCAAUGAUAAAAGAACUCGCAAGAGAUUUCGU